CAACGUUCUGCUUUUGUUAUGCGAAUUCCAUUUCGGUCCUUGAGCUCACUUCGACUCCAUCGUUGUUCCAAUCCACAUUCACUAUUAUCUUUGGCGCCUUUCCCUUCUGCAUCCGUCUUCACUAGUACUCACAGUCGCAGAAUGUCCUCGCCCGCGGUUCUUGCUGGUCAGGCAGCUCUUGCUAGCAUUGACCUCUCCAACUAUGACCCUGAGCAAUCCAGAUUAAUGGAUGAGAGAUGUAUUCUCGUAGACGAACAGGACAACGCGAUAGGGGCGAUGGAUAAAAAGACCUGUCACUUGAUGGAAAACAUCAACAAAGGUCUUCUCCAUCGUGCAUUCUCAGCCUUUGUAUUCAGGCCCUCAGAUGGGAAACUACUGCUGCAGCAACGCGCAACAGAGAAGAUCACUUUCCCUGACAUGUGGACAAAUACAUGCUGCUCACACCCCCUGGACGAUUUUGAGGAGGAGAAAGAGGAAAGGGAUCAACUGGGCGUGCGGGUGGCCGCCUCAAGGAAACUCGAGCACGAGCUGGGUAUCCCUCGCAGCCAGACGCCGGUGGACCAGUUCCAGUACCUGACGCGGAUUCACUAUCUCGCGCCCUCCAACGGCAUGUGGGGUGAACAUGAAGUGGACUACAUUCUGUUCAUCACGGCGGAUGUUACUGUGACGCCCAACGAAAACGAGAUCCGAGACCAUAAAUACGUGAGCAAGGCUGAAUUGCAAAGCAUGUUCGAGGACCCAGCGAACUCAUUUACGCCUUGGUUCAAACUGAUCGCGCGAGACUUUUUGUUCCAGUGGUGGGACGAGCUGAUGACACGGAAGAAUGCGCAGGGCCUGGUUGAAGCUAAAAGACUUGCAGGGGUUGCGGAUGGAAGCCGGGUUAUCAAGAUGUGAAACAGAAUAGUACACGAGGAUAUGAAAUACCCUAGACCUGGACUGCAAACUCGGGCUGGAAAAGCUGCGAC